UGCAUGACGUACGCAGAUAAGCUUCAUAAGAUUGCUACUCCGCUCUUCAAUGGCUAAACAAAAUGACACUAAACACGGCCAAAGGUCACUUGAGAUUAAUUGACCGGUGGGAAGCAUUUAUUCUUCCGAUCCGAGGGAAAAGCUAUUGCGAAUGACGGUUCCUUACUUUCCGUACCUCAUCAUCCCUUCCGAUUUCCGCCUCGAUUAGGAAGAUUGAUUUAAAGGCUGUAUUUUAAACAACUCUUUCUCAUACCAUCAUCUAGCCUUCUUUUUUGAAUAAUCACAAUGGAAAAGUCAUCUUCAACGCCUUCUCAAGAGGUGGGAGGAGAGAAGCCACUCACACAAGUAGUUUCUUUCCAUAAUCAAGGCGAUACAGAGAACGGUCGUAUUUCUGGUGAAGAUGCAUUAGGAUAUAAACAAGAACUCAAGCGAAACUUAUCAAUGUUUACAGCUUUGGGAUUAGGAGCAAGUAUUAUUGCCGCUCCUUUUGGAUUAUGUACAAGUGCUUCAUUUGCUUUAGUGAACGGUGGAACGAUCACAUACAUCUUUGGCUGGUUAAUGUUAUCGAUCAUCAGUGUUUGUAUCGCUUCAAGUUUGGGUGAAAUCGCUUCUGUUUAUCCAACUUCCGGUGGUGUGUAUGUAUGGACAGCUCAUUUGGCUCCCCGUAGAUUUGCAGCCGUUGCUUCGUUUAUUGUUGGUUGGGUUUCUUUGGUGGCCAAUAUCUUACUCUGUCUUUCGAUCGCUUUUGGUGAAGCACAAUUAAUCAUGGCUGCUAUCAGCGUUUUCAGGAAUAACGAAUGGGCACCUUCUCCAUGGCAUGUUGUGCUUAUGCAUUUUGCAAUCAUGAUCGUUGCCUGUCUCGUCAAUGCAUGGGGAGUUCGAGGAAACCUUUUGGAGCCGAUCAAUACGUUUUCCAUCUACUGGACAGGAGCAACGGCAGUCAUCAUUUGCGUGGUCGUUUUGGCAAUGUCAGACGACAAAAGAACGGCACAUGAAGUGUUUGCUCAAUGGCAAAAUGCAAGUGGCUGGACAGAUGGCUGGAGUUACUUUGUCGGUUUGUUGACGCCUGCUUAUGUGCUGACAGGGUAUGGUACUUUAUGCUAUCUUGCCGAUGAAGUACGCAAUCCACAACGUGCCGUUCCUCGUGCAAUGGUAGGAUGCGUUUUCGCUGCUUCAUUGACCGGUUUCAUCUUUAUCAUUCCACUCUCUUUCGUCUUUCCAAAAGAUCUUUCACAAAUUUUAGGCGCUGCAGCUGGUCAACCUUUACCGGUGGCUUUUUCCAUUGCGACCCAAAGUGCAGGAGGUGCUUUUGGACUUUUGUUCCUCAUUCUCGUAAUUGGGUUGAUGGCCUCCAUCGGAAGUUUGACGGUAGCAUCAAGAUGUAUUUGGGCAUUCUCUCGUGAUAAUGGUGUUCCAUUUGCACGUAUUUGGGAAAAAGUGGACAAAUAUCAUCAAAUGCCACUCAAUUCCUUGAUUGUGACAACUGUCAUCACUUCAUUAUUAGGAUGCAUUUAUCUAGGUAACAGUGGCGCUUUCAAUGCAUUCACAGGAGCAGCAACGAUUUUGUUAGGCAUCUCUUACGUUACUUGUGUGGCCAUGUCAAUGUUUGAUCGUAGAAGACAAAUGGUUGGAGCGCCUUGGAGUUUAGGGAAAGCGGGCUUUGCGAUCAACUCCGUUGCUCUGGCUUGGGUGUUGUUUAGCAUCAUCCUUUUCUGCUUCCCUACGACAAAAGAAGUUGAUGCUUCUAGUAUGAAUUAUGCUAGUGUCGUCGUAGUAUUCUUUACACUCGUUGCAACGAUUUGGUAUUUCGUUGCCGCUAGGAGGCUAUAUAAGGGACCAGACUUGGACGCCGCUAAACCAGUACAUGAUGCAGCAUCAUAGAUUUUCAGAUAUACUUUUAAUAAUGUAGAAUGUACAAAACACUAAUGCAGGAU